GCCCUGAGGGCUUAUCAUUGUGACAUCUCUUAUGACAUCAUCAACACAUGCAUGUUUAAAAUAUUCACUGGACUUGUAGGCUAAUGGGUCAUCCGAUGAAUGGGGGAUAGGAUACAGGUAUUUAAAGUAGAAUUUGUUUAAAAGCUCAAAAUGAUUACUCAUGUUAAGGCCUACAGCCUAGGAUUACAUGUAGUUGAGAUUUUCAGGUCAAGUAGGCCUACUGCAGUAUAGAAAGGAUGGCCAUGCCUGUGGAGAGUGUGGCCGUGUACUCCCACCUAAUAGUUACUGUCAUCCGUGCUACGGGCCUGAGGGCGAAGACCUACCAGCAUCGCAUUAACCCCUUCGUGCUACUCCAGCUUGGCCCACAUCGAGCCUCCACACAGGCUCUUUACGAUACGCCGGCCCCACAAUGGAACGCUGAGCUUUCCGUCCCUCUACCCGCCUCAGUGGACACUACUGCUGUCCUUGUUCUCACCAUCAUGCACAGACGGGCAUCCUUAUUCGGCCUGUCUGACAAGUUCCUGGGAAUGGUCUCCUUCCAGCUGGUUGACAUCAUCACAAAGGAACAUGAUGGACGAAAAGAAUGGUUCAUGCUCCAUUCUAAACCCAGCAAGAAACCGAAGAAGCGAGGCCACGUCGAAGUAUGUUUCCGUUUGAUCGGAGAGACAGACUUCCAGUCCCAAACCCAGACAUCACUAUUCCAAACCCUCACACAGCCCUCACAAUGCCACGGCAUUUCCCAAACGAAGCCUCUAUCCCUCACCACCAUCCAACCUCUCUUCCCCAACCUCUCUUGGUCCCACACCCACAACCAGUCUCUGUCCAACACUCAGCCCCCCUCCAUCUGGGAGAGUAGCCACAUCAGCUGGGAGGGAGAGUGUCUCAGCUCACCAUCUUCUGUUCAGCCGGUUGAGGGUGAAUGGAUGCCAAACAAGACAUCUUGUGUGGAAGGUUCUGAGCUGGACUUGGGCCCACCAUCUGUAAGAGCAGCAGCCCCAGCAGGCCCUCAGGAGUCAGCCACCAGCCCAGACCAUGUCAGCAUCAGCAACGACCUUGCAGCCUCCAGACCGACAUCUCUAGGGUCUGCAGAGGUGAAUCAGGGCUGUGUGGAUUUAGAUGAUGAGGAGUAUCUGCUGAAAUCUGAACACAGUAGCAGUUCCUCCAGGGCAUCUAUGCUGGACCUUCUGUGUGAACGCUACACUAUCGGAACUCAGACCUCUUGCACUUUCCACAUCCAGGAUUUAUCUGGGAGAGCACCGUCUUUCACAUCCAGACUAAGGCAGCUGUGCUACAAGGGGAGUGCACAAGAGGAGAAUGAAGAAAGAUGGUGUCCAAGGUUUACACAUGGUUCCACCAUGUUCUCAGGCCACAGUCCAAGUUCAUAUGAGCAGAUCCCCAAACCAAACUCCAUGAGGAGGCAGCCAGGAUUCUUCUCACGGCUGUGUGUCUGCUUCCGAAGAGAAUAACGCACAAUACAAUUACUGUACACUUGGCAUAGCCUAUUGUGCUGUUUUCCUUCUGCCCAAACAGAAGUCACCAUGUAUAAA